UGAAUCGUGAAACGGAAGAAGUACAAAAGUUAGUCUGAAAAACCUGCUUCGGCACAUGCGCACCGGGUGGUGGGGAAACGCCUGAGCGUGCGCAGGAGCUGUUAGGGCUCACUUUUGUCGCUGUUCUUCCGUUUCAAGAUUAAUUGGAGUACCGUACCUCAUAGGUCGGGGGAUCCGAGCCAGCGUAACGGUUGAUCCGUCUGUCUACGCCACUGCUGGGACCGUGCAAGACUGUGUGAACCCGUCGCUGCAAUGGAAACAGUGGACCUAUCGCUGCUGGACCUCCCGGACGACGCGCUGCUGGCCGUGCUGGCCUACCUGCCACCGGCGGAGCUGCUGGGCUGCCGGGUGGUGUGUCGCCGCCUGCGCGACCUCUGCCUUCACCGCCACUUGUGGAAGUCCGCCGCCAUAGGCUGUGAGCUGCUCCCGGCGCUGCGUGUCGUCCCCUGCCUCCGGAAACUCUCUUUCGUGAACCCGGAACAAAUGGUGACGUUGGCUCAAAUGAAGAAAAUGCCGUCGUUGUUGGCCAGCACCGAGUGCGUCGUCGCUGAACUUGAAGUGCGUGCGGAUGUUUAUUUUGCUGGUCCUGAGGUGCCCUUGGCUACGGCCAUGGUUAAGAAAUUCUCAGCUCUUGGCGGCUUGCGAGCGCUUCGACUUUCUUUUUUCAGCCUUAUGGAUUCGCACUCUCUUGCUCUCCUUCUAAAGGCGGCUCUCGGUGUUAGCGGUCUCCGCGAAUUAGGGAUCGGUCUAUGUAGCAGAAUUCCGUCACAUCCGGCCCUAUGGUCCUUAACGUUGAAACGACCCUCCUUGACCAAGCUGCAGUACGUUGGUAAAUUGAACUAUGUACUCGUACAAUUGCUUACAACCCAUGCGUCAACGCUGGAGGAUGUGAGUGUGUGCCUGGGCACAGAUCACCUCCCAAUGAACUUCUUGCGGAUGAUGCCACGGCUUCGCUCGCUUGAGUGCAAGGCCGAUGCUUUGUCUUAUUCUGCGGCUCUGUCCAACCUCAACACUCUCAAGUUCAUCAAUGAAGAUCUACCACCUGACUUUCCUUCCAGUGCUCUGGACUUUCUCAGCCAGGCGCCUCACCUCAGAUCGGUGUCGUUUCCUGUACCUCGGAAAAACCACGCGGCCCCGCUGCAGGCUCUGGCGAGCUCGCCCUCUGCCCGCUUUGUCGAAUCUCUCACUUUGAGCUGCGUUGGCUGGGAUUUGGACGCGAUCGGUGUGGAGUUGGCAGCAAACAUCGUGCCCCUUUUCCCUUCCCUGCAGUCCCUGUCCUUGGAGUGCUGGCUGCAUGGAGAUGAUCUUGACGGUUUUCUGCAGGCAGUGACCCCCACGUCUGCGCCGAGCCUCACCUCGCUCUCGAUGAAUCCACCCCUUGGAGAGUGCGCCCAUGGCUGGCUGCACUCCCCUGCGGUUCAGGAACUCCUGGAAAGGAACCCGCGCCUCCACCUUCGCGUGCUCAUCAGAAAUCAGGCAGAGUGUCGUUGUGAGUGGUGCGGCCUCGGUUGCCAUGAGGAGCUGCGGAAACUGGACGAUCUGCAACAUCUUGCGAUGGCUGCUCACCGCAGGAUGGCGGGCUGCCCGACUGGCUGCCGAAGGUGGCCGUAGUGACCUGGUGUCGUGUCAGAGAUCUACCUGCCAUCCUAGAAAUGCAUUGUCAGUGUGCAAUUAGCAUACUGGUGUGACUCUAAGCAGGUGCUCUUUUGUUAAAUUGUGUUUGAAACUGGUUAUAUUUGUAACUUGAAGAUGUGCUGAAGACUAACUAGACUUAAUAUUUUCUUGUGGAACAUCUUUUAUUUCUGUCCUAUAUUUUAAUUAGCCAUAAUUUUUGCCGUCGGUUUUGUUUGAUCAUACAAUUUGUAUUCUUACUUGAAUAAUUAAACUUUUUAAGAACUUA